CCUCACUUAAUAUAACAAAGAAAACUAGAUCCAAGGUAGUGAGGAAAGAGAUAGAGAGAGUAGGCGAUGGAAGGUUCAUUCAGCAAAUGGUCUCUGAAGGGGAAGACAGCUCUGGUGACAGGAGGAACAAAAGGGAUAGGGAAGGCAGUGGUUGAGGAAUUGGCAACCUUGGGAGCACUAGUGCACACAUGCUCACGCAACGAAACCGAGCUGAAGGCGAACUUGCAAGUAUGGACUAACAAAGGCCUCCAAGUCACAGGCUCGGUAUGUGAUGUUACUUCACGCACGCAGCUCGAGAACCUCAUCGCUGAUGUCUCGUCCAUCUUCCCAGGAAAACUUGACAUUCUGGUAAAUAAUGCAGGGACUGGGGUGCCAAAACCAACUGUUGAGUUUACAGAGGAAGAGGCAACUUUAAUCUGGGAAACCAACUAUAAAUCUUGUUUUAACCUGUGCCAGCUCGCACACCCUCUCUUGAAAGCUUCAGGUUGUGCAAGUAUAGUGUUUGUCUCUUCUGUUGCUGGUAUUGUUGCCAUUCCUUUUGGAACACCCUAUGCCUCAACCAAAGGAGCACUGAAUCAACUGGCAAGAAACUUGGCCUGUGAAUGGGCAAAGGACAACAUCCGUACCAACUCCGUCACGCCUUGGUUCACCAAAACUCCUCUGGUUCAAUUUGUGCUUGAGAAUGAGGAAACCCUAAAAUAUAUACAAGAGCGCACACCUCUCAAGCGUGUGGCAGAGCCGGAGGACGUGUCAAGUCUGGUUGCCUUCUUGUGUAUGCCUGCAGCUUCAUACAUCACUGGCCAGACUAUCUCUGUUGAUGGUGGAUUCACAGUCAAUGGCUUCUUCAAUAUGCACAUGGCUUAGGAGGAAUUUAUCAGCACAUACGCAGUGAUUAAUUAAUUAUCUCCGUUUGACAAGUACUCUCUUCAAAAAUUUAGUGGUGGAGGGCCUUCCGGUGAAGUUUGAAGAUUCUAUCUCUACCAUCAGGCAGAGUUCGUAAGCUAACACUCGGAGGAGUUUAAUGGUACCAUGAUGGUCAAGGAGGUACAGGACCAUAUCAAGGGUUAGUUCUGUUUAUUAGGAUUGUGUUUAUCGAGGAGGCCUAUUGUUCCUCGUUUUGUUUUCUCCUUCUCUAGUGGAUAGUGGACAGGUGCGUUGUUAUGUUGUGUUGUUGUUUUCUCC